GCUGCCCACCUUUGCCACCCCCCCCCCCCCCCCCCCCCCCCCCCCCCGCCGCGAAAACCCUAGAAACUACCCAAACCACCGGGCGCGCCGCCAUGUCGUCCGCCACGCCGGCCGUCGCGUCCCCCGCCUCCGAGCAUUCCAAAUCGAAGAAGAAGAAGCACAAGUCGAAGGACGACCCCGCCGCCGCCGCCGCGGCCGACCCGCCGUCGCUCGCCGAGGCCGAGGAGAAGACCGACGGCUACCUCAUCAAGCCCCAGUCCCUGGUGCCGUCCCUCGACACCUCCACCUGGCCGCUCCUCCUGAAGAACUACGACCGCCUCAACGUCCGCACCGGCCACUACACCCCGCUCCCCUCCGGCCACUCGCCGCUCAAGCGCCCCCUCGCCGAGCACCUCCGCUACGGCGUCAUCAACCUCGACAAGCCGUCGAACCCGUCCUCCCACGAGGUGGUCGCCUGGAUCAAGCGCAUCCUCCGCGCCGAGAAGACCGGCCACAGCGGGACGCUCGACCCCAAGGUCACCGGCAACCUCAUCGUCUGCAUCGACCGCGCCACGCGCCUCGUCAAGUCGCAGCAGGGCGCCGGCAAGGAGUACGUCUGCGUCGCCCGCUUCCACGCCGCCGUGCCGGACACCGCGCGCGUGGCCCGCGCGCUGGAGGUGCUCACCGGCGCGGUGUUCCAGCGUCCGCCGCUCAUCUCUGCCGUCAAGCGUCAGCUCAGGGUGCGGACCAUCUACGAGAGCAAGCUCCUGGAGCACGACCCCGAGCGUCAUCUCGCCGUGUUCUGGAUCUCCUGCGAGGCAGGUACCUAUGUCCGGACUCUCUGUGUGCACCUCGGGCUGCUCCUUGGUGUUGGCGCGCAUAUGCAGGAACUGCGCCGUGUCAGGUCGGGGAUUCUCGGGGAGCAGGACAACAUGGUGACCAUGCACGAUGUGAUGGACGCGAUGUGGUCGCUUGACAACUACAAGGAUGAGUCGUACUUGAGGCGUGUUGUGAUGCCGCUUGAGGUACUGCUUACUAGCUACAAAAGGCUUGUGGUGAAGGACUCUGCUGUUAAUGCUAUAUGCUAUGGUGCUAAGCUUAUGAUCCCUGGGUUGCUCCGAUUUGAGAAUGAUAUCGAGACUGGGGAGGAGGUGGUUCUUAUGACAACAAAGGGUGAGGCAAUUGCUAUUGGUAUUGCUGAGAUGGCUACUGCUGUGAUGGCCACAUGUGACCAUGGUGCUGUUGCAAAGAUCAAGAGGGUGGUGAUGGACAGAGACACUUACCCGAGGAAGUGGGGGCUUGGCCCGGUGGCACUCAAGAAGAAAAAGCUGAUUGCAGAGGGUCUCCUUGACAAGCAUGGGAAGCCAAAUGAGAAGACCCCAACUGAGUGGCUUCGGAAUGUGGUGCUUCCCACUGGUGGUGAUGUUUCGAUUGCCAGCAUUGCAGCUGCUCCUGAACCAGAGAAGGUGAAGGUGGAACCACAAGCAGCCGUGACUGAAGAGGUUAAGGAGAAGAAGAAGAAGAGGCAGAAGGAUGAGGAGGACACUGAUGCAGAUGCCUCUGUUCCUUCAAAGAAGAUCAAGGUUGACGAAGCUGCUGAGGCAGUGGAGGGAGAGAAGAGUGAGAAGAAGAAGAAGAAAAAGAAAGACAAGGGCAAAUCAGGAUCUGCCGAGGCUGUGGAGGUCAAGGAGGAGGUUGAUGUGGCUGAUGAGAAGGGCAGUGAGAAGAAAAAGAAGAAGAAGAAGAGCAAGGAAGGAAGUGAUGCUGUUGAUCCAGAGAGCACUCAGAAUGGAGAUGGUGCAGAAGCUGAGAAGAGUGAGAAGAAAAAGGAGAAGAAAAAGAAGAAGAGUCGAGAUACAGAGGAGGCGCAAUAGGUGUAGUUUGUGGUGACAGUCUAUCUUCUCUGUCUUGAGUUGCGGGGGAAACGUGAAAUCCUUUUCUUGCUUGCUUUGUAUCUCUUGAAACUGCAGUGGCUGAUGUACCAUUCAUAGGUUAUUACUAUUCUAGUAUUUUGAACUGCUAUGCCAAGUGGUGAUAUUUUCAUUGAAACUCUCAACAAUGGCUGUAUUUUUGUUUCAGUUAUCAGAUAAUGCAAUGGGCUUUGUUCCCAUGUUGACUUGCUGGGUA